GUCAUCUCAGGUUGAACUCUCAUGGUGUUCAAAAAUGGCCACACUCGUUUCUAUUUACUUCUAGCAGUUCUAUCCAUCAGUAUAAAAGCAGACGUCCCAUGCAUAGGCUCAGCAAGUAGUAUUACCUGGUGGCAGACCAAGAACGAUAACCCGUGUGGUCUAAUGGAGGAAACCGCUCGUGUGUGCAAUAGUCAGGCUGCAGUAGAUAGAAUUACCUACGGCGGUGAUUACAGAGCAGACCCAGACAGCUGUGAAUGCUCUGUUCCAUAUUUCAAUCUAGCAAAUGCUUGUGCGUAUUGUGGAACAGGCGAUCACAAUAGAGGUACCAGCAAGGAUGAAUUCUUCGAAAAAUGCGACAAGAACAACCUAAAUGUCAGCCCGCAGUUCCCUGAAAACGUCACCCAGACUUACCUCGUACCACCAUGGGCGACGAUGGCUAUACCAGCUAGUGGUAAUUGGUCUUUCGACGAUGCAGAGGCUUAUGCUUCUGAAAAUCCCACUCCAACUGAAUCGGCGAAACCAACAGACCCAUCUGAUCACCAUUAUUCUGUCGGUGCUGUUGUAGGUGGCACCCUUGGUGGUGUAUUCGCGUUGGCCUUAGUUGUAGCGAUUGCUGUCUUAAUUUGGUGCAGAAGAUCUUCAACUGCAGCGCGUAGGAGACGAUUGAUGAUGCGUGCUCAAGGAAUACCAACAAAGGUUAAAGAUACCGAUAGUAUAUUCGAAAUAGACGACGAACCGCGCCGCGACCACGAUGACCUAGAUAAAGCCUACAUACCUGUGCCUUACACAGGCUCUGCAGGAAGUCAGACAUCAGCUAGACAGUCAGGAUUAUGGGGUACACCUUCCCCUGGAUUUGCAGCUAGUGGUAGAUUUGGACAACAUUCUCAUAGACGAUCGCAACCAAGCUCGGGUGUGAACCCAUUAGAUGAUGAAAAUAGUCUAUACUCCAGACCAAGCGUCUAUUCAAGACCAGGAUCAUUUGCUCCGCUUCAAUCACCUUUACCGGCUGUGAGGAAGGGCGUCGAAGCUGGAUAUGACUAUUUUGGAAGUAAUAAAAACCGAAGUUCAUUUGCUGUGAAUAAUCAACACGUACAUCAUGAAUCGGACGCUGGCGUCUCACUCUACUCUGACUCGCAGGAAGACUCAACGAAGCAAAGUUUACCACCAAUGUACACAGAUGUGUAUAAACGGAAUAACAUGAUAUAAUCAAACACUCUCAUUUAAAGUAUUGUAUACCCUCAUGGACAGUU